AUGUCUGCUGCUACCAAGAUCUUGUCUGACAAGCCUUCUGAAUUGGAAUUGCAAGUUGCUCAAGCUUUUGUUGACUUGGAAUCUCAAGCCGAUUUGAAGGCUGACUUGAGAGCUUUGCAAUUCAAGUCCAUCAAGGAAAUCGAUGUUUCCGGUGGUAAGAAGGCUCUUGCUGUCUUUGUUCCUGUUCCAUCUGUUGCUUCUUACAGAAAGGUUCAAACCAGAUUGAUCAGAGAAUUGGAAAAGAAGUUCCCUGACAGACACGUUGUGUUUUUGGCUGAAAGAAGAAUCUUGCCAAAGCCAUCUAGAACUGCUAGACAACAACAAAAGAGACCAAGAUCUAGAACCUUGACUGCUGUCCAUGACGCUAUCUUGGAAGACUUGGUUUUCCCAACCGAAAUUGUUGGUAAGAGAGUUAGAUACUUGGUUGGUGGUAACAAGAUCCAAAAGGUUUUGUUGGACUCCAAGGACUCUACUGCUGUUGACUACAAGUUGGAAUCUUUCCAACAAUUGUACAACAAGUUGACCGGUAAGCAAGUUGUUUUCGAAAUCCCAGAAUCUUACUAA